UUUAUCAUUCACUGGCGUGAGCUCCCUUUGUGACAUUGAGCAGGUACUGCCAUGGUUUCUUCUGUAAAGCAUUGAUCUUUGCAAGAUUUCUAUUGUAGUACAGUGCUUCUCAAUCAAAAUAAGCAUUUCCAAUAGCUUCAAUGCUCAUAAACCUCAGAAGAAGAAUACCCAUUCUUCCAAGUUUCUCCAUUAACGCUUCUCAUUCCAUUCCCUUCUUGAGAUUUAGCUCUGCUUCAUUACCAAGUCCUUUACUUGACGAUGACCCUCAAAUUCCAUCGCUAAACUCUGUAAACCCUCUUUCCAAGUCCCAGCUCCAAUCUCUGGUUCUCGCUCGAUACUCCAAUGGAAACUUCACUGACCUCGUCUCGAACGUCGUCGUUUUCCCACCUGUUCUCCUCGCCGCCUGCCAAAACCUCGCCGCCACUCGAUCCGGAAAUGGCUCCGACCCGGUUGAGUUCUCGUCCCUGUUUCGUUCUGUCUCGAAGCGGUUUUCGCUCGACGAACUGGGUCGGGAGAUACGCGAGAAUCGGUUCGAUAUCGAGGCUGCUUGUGUCAGAAUGGCGCCUUCUGUGAAUAGAGGUGAGUGUUUGGUUUUGCCCAAUUUGAAAUUGAAGGUUUUGGUUGAAGCUAUUCGAAUGGUUUUGGAGAUUGUUUAUGAUGAGAGGUUUGUGACGUUUUCUUAUGGUGGUCGAAUUGGUAUGGGACGACACACCGCCAUUAGAUACCUCAAGAACACAGUGGAGAAUCCCAGUUGGUGGUUUAGUGUUAGCUUUAAUCAUGAGAAGUUUGAUUAUCGUCAUGUAGAAAAGUUAUGCUUGUUUAUACAAGAGAAAAUCAAUGAUAAGAUACUAGUUGAUAUUAUCAAGAGGUUGUUUGAAUGUAAGGUUGUGGGAAUUGAAUUGGGUAGUUGUUACUUUGGAAGAGGGUUUCCUCAAGAAAGUGGAUUGAGUUCAAUUUUGGUUAAUGUUUUCUUCAAUGGGUUUGAUAAAGAACUUCAUGAAAUGCGCCUUCAAAAGAAUCAAGAAAAUCCCAAAUUUGUGUCGAAUGAACUCGUUUCCAAGGAUGAUGAUGUUUUCUAUAAGCCAGUAAAGAUAUAUGCAGUUAGGUACUUGGAUGAAAUACUAGUGAUAACAUCUGGGUCAAAGAUGCUGACUUUAGACUUGAAGAAUUGGGUGUUGAAAUACUUAGAAGGGAGAUUGGAAUUGAAAGUUGAUAAUGUAAAGACAGCAAUUCAUAGUGCAGUGUCUGAGAAGAUUGGUUUUAUUGGAAUGGAACUACAGGCAGUUCAGCCUUCGGUUUUACAUCCUCCAGUAUCGGAAAAGGCAAUGAGAGCUCGAAAGAAGUAUCUUAGGCAGAAGGAAGUUAGAGCUUUAGAGUUGAAGAAUGCCAGAGAGAGGAAUAGGAAGAAAUUGGGGAUGAAGAUAUUGAGUCAUCUUUUUAAAAAGUCAAAGCAAAGUGAUGGCUUUAAAUUUGAAUAUCAAAUUGAGAAUGAAGUAAGGAAGAUCUUCAGCACUUGGGCUGAUGAAGUUGUGCGAGAGUUCUUUGGGUCACUCGAAGAGCGUUGGGCUUGGCACCGGCAGCUAUCAGCAGGGCAUUUUCUUUCUUUGAGACACAUUAGAGACCAAUUACCCCAAGAGCUUGUUGAUUCUUAUGAUAAGUUCCAAGAGCAAGUAGACAAACAUCUAAAUCCAAUCAAAGCCAAAAAGGCAUUGGAAGAAGAAGAAAGGAGAAAAGAAGAGGAAGAGGAAAGGAAAUAUGCUAAGAACACAGUUGAGGAUUUAACGAGGUUAUGUAUCAAAGUUGAUGCACCCAUAGAACUUGUUAGGAAGGCAGUUAGGUUGGUUGGGUUUACAAAUCAUAUGGGCCGUCCAAGACCGAUCAGUUUACUCACUGCUCUUGAAGAUGCUGAUAUUGUGAAGUGGUAUGCUGGUGUUGGAAGAAGGUGGCUAGAUUUCUUCUGCUGCUGUCACAACUUCAAGAUGGUCAAAACUAUUGUAACUUAUCACUUGAGGUUUUCUUGUAUUUUAACAUUAGCAGAAAAGCAUGAAUCGACUAAACAGGAAGCCAUGAAGCAUUACACUAAAGGUUUGAAAAUUUUCGAUAUGAGUGGAAAUGAAGAAGUUCAUUUCCCCACAGAAAGGGAAGUAAAGAUGAUGGGAGAUAGAAACCUUUCUGAUCCAAAGCUUGUGGAUGGCGCUAUAUCUUUAGCUCUGAUUAGAUUGGCUUCUGAUGAACCUCCAUAUUCGUGCGUUGCUCAUUUUUGUGAUAGAACAGAUACUACUGUUUACAGAGUAAGGUUACUGCAAAAACAUAUAAAGGUAAACUCACUGGAUGAUGAUAAAUGGGUGAAGGGGAUGGGUGCUAUUCAUGAUAGCCUUAAUCUGAAGUGCCUUCCUCUUUGCCCCGAUCACAUUCACGACUUUUAUAUGGGAAGAAUCACAUUCCAGGAUAUUGAUUGUGCUUCGUUUGUGAAUGUAGACUAGGUAUUAAAAGAUAUCAAGGUUUUCUCCACAUUGGCUUAAUGCCCAACUUUUUGGGUUUUGCUCUGUUUGUUGUGGCUGCAUAGCCUGCAUUGGAGAUUAUUGUUUGGAUGGAGGUUUGAAUUUUCAGGAUGGUGUCACUGUUACUUAAAAACAAACAAUGGUGAAAGCUGUGAAAUCGAAUGGCGUCUGAGGGGUUGGGGAUGGUAUAAUGAGGGCAACACUAGAAUUGUCAAUUCAGAUCGCAUUUUUGUGUAGUACUUGUAUGAUUACAAAAUAUCUUGUAGUGAAAAAGAAGGUAGUUUUACGAGUGUCGUUUGACUUCUAUGCUCCUAUGAACUCCUGCAAAGUGAAAAUAUUUAGUUUCUUCAAUGAAGAUGUUGGAGAACCAAAACAUGAAGUUACUUAAACUAGGAGAUUCUGCAGUGAGUCUCAAUACAGUGGAAGUGGAAUUUGAUAGCUGUAGUAGGGAAGAAGAAGAAGAAGAAGAACUCCACACUAAGCUGAUUUUUCUUUCUUACACUAUGGCGAGGGUUGGUGAGUCAACUACUCUCAUUCAAGCCCCCAUCAAAACAUUUUCUUAUCUUAUAUUUAUGGUCAUUGAAACAAUCUCCAUCACCAAUGCUGUGGUAGAUAACAGGCAAAAACAUAUUUAAGAACAUACGUUACUUGUCAACUUUUUAAACCAUAUCCUUUGCUAGACACAAUGAGGACACAAUGAACUCAUUUUAA